AUGGACUUUAAAAAAGAAAAGUGUUCAAUUGAAAGACGAAAGAAUGCAAGUGAGGAUGAUGACAAAAAAGCUCCUCGAUUCGUAAUAGCAUCUUCAGACCGGAUACAGUCUACCGUCCCGAAGGAAGAGAGUCCUGCUGUGAGCUGUUUAAUCACUCAGGUUACUACUAUACUUGCUAACUGGACUUCUCGUGUCGUAGACUGUUUUAGCCGACUAUUACGUGUCAAGCUUUUCUACUUGGUUGGAGAUUCCAGGAUAAACUAUUCUUGCGGAGAAAAUUAUUUUCACAUAGUUUUAAAUCAUUUCUCUCCAGAUGAUUGA